GAGAGAUCAUGGCAUAUUCUAUAAAUCCAGUGAAGGUAAAAAACAAUGUGCACUCACUCAAAUGCACACACACACACUGUAAUCAAUGCAUCGUAAGAUUCGCAUAAACAUACAAAAAAAGAAAAGAAAUUAAACCAAAGUGGGGAGACAAAUAUUCUGGCAAAAUAACUAGAAAAAUAAAUAAAAGUAGAAAGACAUAAAAAUAGCGUCGCACCUACUCUUCUUCUACACCUUUAGCAUAUCUUCUGUCUUCAUACCCCCCUUUACACUCUUUUCUUCAUCAUUUCUUCUUCUUUACAACUCUGAUUUCUCUCCAAUGGUGUAAAACUGCAAAACACUAAACUUCCUCUGCUUCUCUCUCUCUCUUCAGACCAGUUCCAAAGUGUCUUAAAGCUCAGUAAUAACUCCCUUGAAUGGCGGCGCGAAAGCUUGGGUCGUUGUUACGUCAACAUUUCUUCUCUCUCUUCUUUCUCUUCAUCGGUUGUUUCUUCUUCCCCAGAGGAGGCGACUUAAGACAGAAGAGGAGAAAGAAGAAGCUCAGAACGGUUACUUCCGGUUCAAGUUCCGGUUUAUCCUCUUCUUGGUCAUACCUAAAACGGGUUUUCCUAUCCACGACGAGGAUAUCUAAAUCCCGCAACCAAACACACCCUAACGGCCCGUUAACGACUCUGACAUCCGCCAGAUCAUCCCAAAACUCCCUCGUCACUCUCGUGCAACCCGACCCGGAAACCCGAACCGAAAACGGAUAUUCCGAUAUCUCCUCGUCGGAUUCUCCUCUCUUUCUCCCUCUCCGCAACAACGAGAUCUUCCCUUGCACAACCUGCGGCGAGAUAUUCCCCAAAACCACACUCCUCGAGCACCACAUCGCCGUCAAACACGCCGUCUCGGAGCUCGCCGCCGGCGAGUCGAGCACGAACAUCGUGAAGAUCAUAUUCAAAUCAGGCUGGCCGGAGCACGGCAACAAGAUCCCGGAGAUCCACCGGAUCCUGAAGAUCCACAACAGCCCCAAGAUCCUCGCGAGGUUCGAGGAGUAUCGCGAGUUCGUCAAGGCCAAAGCCUCUCGCGGCGGCGACGAACGUUGCGUCGUCGACGGGAACGAGCUCCUGAGAUUCUACUGCUCCACGUUCAUGUGCAACCUAGGGCAAAACGGUAAUUCCAAUCUCUGCGGGCAUCAGUACUGCAGCGUCUGCGGGAUCAUCGGAUCGGGAUUCUCGCCGAAGCUCGACGGGAUCGCGACGUUCGCGACGGGGUGGAGGGGACACGUGGCGGUUCCGGAGGAGGUGGAGGAGGAGUUUGGGUUUAUGAACGUGAAACGGGCCAUGCUGGUUUGUCGGGUGGUGGCGGGUCGGGUCGGGUGUGAUUUGAUUGCGGAUGAUGAUGACGUGGAAAAGAAUGGUGGAGGGUAUGAUUCUCUACUUGGGCAGGGGAGUGGGAGCAAGAGUGGGGCCCUGUUGAGGAUCGACGAUGAGGAGCUUCUCGUGUUUAAUCCGAGGGCUGUGCUUCCUUGUUUUGUGAUAAUCUAUACUGUGUAAGCUUGUGAGUUGUGAUCGUGUGUGUGUUUAUAUUUUUUAGUUACAGACUUGUGCGUGAGGUUUGGUUCAGAAGUAAUUGUGAAGUGUGAAACGCUUUUAGAUGAUAAAAAUGUUUGUGGUGGGUUUCAACAUGAUCCAAGCAUCUUUUUGAGAGGUUAUGUGAGAAAUUAAUCAUGGAUAUUUA